AUGGACCUGUUACCUGGGAAGCUGGGAGGUCGACGCGCUUCGAAUCAUCCAAAAUUAGAACCGCCCAUGGCGGUCAACAUCUACUACGAGCAGUAUAAAACCGAGAAUAUCCAGACUGUUUAUAAGGACUACUACCCUUCAGCAGAAUCCAGCCAAGAAGAAAAGGAUCUUCUCAUGGAAAGGCGCCUGGAAGUCUCCAAGACAGCCGAGCGUCUUGAUUCAGACAAGAAGUCCUUUACCGCGGCGAACCAUCAGGCAGCGCAGGAGCGGGCGGAAGAAGGCGUCAGAUGCUAUGACUGGGCGUAUGCGAGGCAGCCGAGCCCCGAGGCUCCAUUUAAGGAGACGUGAACAUCAUCAUGGAGGAUCUUUCACUGUUCCUUUCCGGUCAUCAUGGGGCAUCCGAACU